CUCAUUUUAGAUUUCGAACUCAAUCAUCCAACGGAGGAUAGCAUAAAAUGGCUCCAAGAAAGAAUAAAGUUGCGAAGGAAGAAGUCCAAGUCUCACUUGGUCCACAAGUUCGUGAAGGGGAAAUUGUUUUUGGCGUAGCUCACAUUUAUGCUAGUUUCAAUGACACAUUCGUACAUGUUACUGAUUUGUCAGGAAAGGAAACAAUUUCUCGUGUAACUGGUGGCAUGAAAGUCAAAGCUGAUCGUGACGAAGCUUCUCCUUAUGCUGCUAUGUUAGCAGCUCAAGAUGUUGCUGAAAAGUGCAAAACUCUUGGAAUUACAGCUCUUCACAUCAAAUUACGUGCUACUGGUGGAAACAGAACAAAGACCCCAGGACCUGGUGCACAAUCGGCAUUGAGAGCUUUAGCUCGUUCAAACAUGAAAAUCGGACGUAUUGAAGAUGUUACUCCAAUUCCUUCAGAUUCUACACGCCGAAAGGGAGGUAGACGUGGUCGCCGUUUGUAAAUCACCACUUUUGCUUUUUGCUGUAACACAAUUUUCUGAACAUUCAAUAAAGUUUCACAUAAAUGUUGUCCAUCAUAAAUGAAUAAGUGAAAUAAAGAGUUAAAAACU